AUGCCCCCAGGAGUAUGGACGUCAGUGCCGACCAGCGACCCUGAAGAGAAUUUCAUCGGCCAGCACCGACGCAAUGAUUCAGAGUCACUGCGUCGUUCCGGAGCGAGGUGGUGGACCAGUAAGCGGUUCUUGCUCAAGGUCACUGUUGGAACGGUGUGUUUCCUGGCGCUACUCCGUGUUCUGACACGGGAUUCGGGCAGCCAGAGCCUCGGACCUGUGGAUGAGUCGGCCCUUAGCGGAAACACGACACAGGCGCAGGAGGAGAAGUCUGCAUGGGAUUCGUCGUUUGUCCUGAAUGGUGCCCCUACCAUGAAGUUUCGAGAUAAUCUUUUACCAAACAAGAAGUAUAUCACAACAUUUUUAUCGGCUGGUUGGACUAAUGAUGUUAUGACCUAUAUUAACCUAAUCUAUCUCGCAAUACUCACCGAACGGAUACCCAUCAUUGCAACCUUUAUACCCUCUCACAUCGGAGAAGAAGUACCCCCUAUCCCAUUUUCGGAUGUUUUCGACAUCCCCAGGCUGCGAAAGGAGCUGAAGAUGCCUAUCGUGGAGUGGAACGAGGUGAAAGCAAAUACGAGUCAGGAAUUUGACGAGGUGGGGUGCUGGAAUACUUGGGAGGCGGCGGCUCCUUGGGAAGGGAAACCGAGGUUUAGCAGGCAGCCAGAGAUGUUGGGACUUGAUAUCUCGUAUACCAAAGCACCAAGUUGGAUCAAACUCGUCCCUCAAGAGCGAGAGCUGUUCCUGUCAUUCUGGGCGCUGGCGGCGCUCGCAUUUCCGGACAUGAAGAAGGAAUAUGCUGUAGAGCCUGCAGAAUCGCCGCGGUUCCACUUGAAGCUCCCUCCUGAUGACCAGCUCCUGUGUUAUGACUACCUGUAUUUCGUUAGUGCUCAUCUGCCAUUUGAAUAUGACUACGACUUCAGCCCUGCCUGGCGCUUUGUUGGACAGCACCUUCAUUGGACCCCUCAUGUUGACGGACUUGCAGACCAAUAUGUACGAAGAACACUGGGAAUCGCGGAUGGAGAGAAGACACCGACAUGGAUAGCCGUUCACCUCCGCCACGGCGACUUUGCUCGUAUCUGCGAAAACGACCACAAGACUCCCUUAUCAGAGUGCUUUGCACCCCUACCUGUCGUGGCAAGACGGGUGGACGAAGUCAAAGAAGAACUUCUGCAGCGAAAGGGGAUCUCCGUGGAGCACGUCAUCAUGUUGAGCGACGAAACUGACCCAGAGUGGUGGGAGGACGUUAAGAAGCUUGGAUGGUACAGCGUUGAUCAUUCUGAGACGGUGCAGCUGUACGGGCCCUGGUACCCUGUGCUUAUUGAUGCUGCCAUUCAGUCGGGCGGGAUGGGGUUCGUGGGGACAACGGGCUCGACGAUGUCGGUGCUUGCGCGAAGACGGGUGGAGAGUUGGCGUGAUGGCGCUACGAGGAUGGUGAGAUGGGGAAGACCUGGAGCUGAUGAUCAUUAG